AUGAUUACAAACAUGAUUACUAGAUAUACAGCGCUGCUGACUCUUUUCACCGUGCUUGCGAUGUGGACAGGUUUGUCAGAAACUCACCCGUUGGCAGACAAUUCAGAUGCAUCUAAGUUGAACUCAGAUUACUCGCUUCCUCACCUGAUUAACCUACGUAAAGUGCCUAGUAACUGGCAGGCUGGCGAGCAAGCUAGUUUGGAAGAAGGUAGAGUUGUAUUAACUUCUAAGCAAAACACCAAGGGUUCGCUUUGGUUGAAGCAAGCGUUCAAUUUGAAAGAUUCUUUUACUUUGGAGUGGACUUUUAGAAGCGUCGGCUAUUCUGGUAAGACUGAUGGUGGUAUAUCGUUUUGGUUUGUUCAAGAUUCUGGUAUACCAAGUGACAAGAGUCUGUACAAUGGCCCAGCCAAGUAUGAUGGUCUACAAUUGCUGGUUGAUAAUAACGGUCCCUUGGGUUCUACUCUUCGUGGUCAACUAAAUGACGGCCAAAAACCUGUGGAGAUUGCGAAUAUUUAUGAAAGAAGUUUUGCCUCCUGUUUAAUGGGUUACCAGGACUCUUCUGUUCCUUCAACAAUUAGAGUCACUUAUGAUAUCGACGACAAUAACCUAUUGAAAGUGCAAGUGGAUAAUAAAGUCUGUUUCCAAACUAGAAAAAUUCGCUUUCCUACUGGGUCAUACCAUAUCGGUGUAAGUGCUGAAAACGGGAGAGUGGAUAAGAAUGCAGAAUCAUUUGAAAUUUUAAAAAUGCAAUUGUUUAAUGGUGUUAUUGAAGAUUCUUUGAUUCCUAACGUUAACGCAAUGGGCCAGCCAAAAAUGAUCACGAAAAUUAUUGAUCAAAAGACCGGCAAAGAAAAGCAGAUCGAAAAGACAGUUUUCGAUGCUGAUAAGGACAAAAUUUCUAACUAUGAACUCUAUAAGAAGCUAGAUAGAAUCGAAGGUAAGAUUCUCGCUAACGACAUCAACGCUUUAGAUGGAAAGUUGAAUGAUGUCAUUAAAGUACAACAAGAAUUACUAUCAUUCAUGGCUUCUUUAACCAACCAACGUUCCACAAAGCAAUCUACUGAUAACAAAAAGGGAGUUUCUACUGAGGACAUCAUUGCUGAAGAUAAAGAAGAGUACAAAGAUUUCUUAUCUCUGAACCAAAAGUUGGAAAAAAUAGUGGUAGAACAAGAAAAAUAUAGAGAAGCUGCAAAACGCCAUGGUCAAGGUGGUCCUCAAGUGGAUGAAAUUGCCAGAAAAUUGAUGAUUUGGCUGCUUCCAUUAAUUUUCAUUAUGUUAAUAAUGGCGUACUAUACAUUUAAAAUCAGACAAGAGAUUAUCAAGACCAAACUAUUAUGA